AUGAUCACGACAUCAGCCCAGAAAUACAAACAACUGCGUCUCCAUGCUCUAUCCGUCGCUCCAGCUUCCUUCUCCUCGACGUACGAGAUUGAAUCCGCCCUCCCGGAGGAAGGUUGGGUCACUCGUCUGACUGCAGGGGGGAAAGAGACCUUUAUAUGUGCUGCAACAUCGAUCAAUAACCAUGCAACCGAGAAGAUUUUAUUUUUGCCUGAAGAAUCCGGUCAGAAGACCCCUUCCGAAGACCAGGAGCUCUGGCAGAUGCUCAGCUUGUUCACGCUUCCUGAUCACCGUGGUCAGGGGCUCGGGAAGAAGCUGUGUCGAGAGGCGCUGGAUUACUUAGUCUCGCACCGAGAGGCUGAGAGGGAGGUCUGCGUGCGCUUGAUGGUGAAGCCGGAGAACCAUGCCACAGUAAGACUGUAUCAAGGGCUAGGGUUUGUGGAGGCUGGAAAGUGUACUCUUGCUGAGGCAUUUAUUGCGACUGGGGAUCGGGAGCUGCCUCCGAAGGAUAUCAGUGGAGAGAAGUACAGUUCGCGGACUGGGUUGAUCAUGAUGCUGGAGAUUCGUCGCUGGUGA